AUGCAGACCCUGGAUGCAGGAGGUCACUGUGUUCUAGAAAUGCCUUCAGGGACAGGAAAGACAGUAUCUUUGCUGUCCCUCAUCGUCGCCUACCAGCAAUACAUGCCUGAGAAACGGAAACUAAUCUACUGCUCUCGUACCAUGUCCGAAAUUGAAAAGGCAUUAGUAGAGUUGAAGUCUCUCAUGAAGUACCGCGCUGAGGAGCUUGGAUACGAGGAAGAAUUCCGUGGCCUUGGCCUAACAAGUCGAAAGAAUCUUUGCCUCCAUCCUUCUGUGAAGCGGGAAAAGAGUGGCGCCAUUGUCGAUGCCCGCUGCAGAAGUCUUACAGCCGGGUUUGUCAAGGAGAAGAAAGAACGUGGCGAGAAUGUUGAUGUCUGCGUGUAUCACGACAAUCUCGACCUCCUGGAGCCUCACAAUCUGAUUCCCAACGGUGUCUGGUCUUUUGAUGAUAUUAUCCGGUACGGCGAGGAGCAGAAGCAGUGCCCAUACUUUACCGCACGACGAAUGAUGCAAUAUUGUAAUGUUGUGAUCUUCUCAUACCACUAUCUCCUCGAUCCCAAAAUUGCAGAGAGAGUGUCAAAAGACUUCUCCAAGGACUGCAUUGUUGUCUUUGACGAAGCCCACAACAUCGAUAACGUAUGCAUCGAGUCUCUUAGCACAGACAUCACAGAAGACUCCUUGCGCAAAGCAACCAGAGGCGCUCAAAAUCUAGAAAAUAAGAUAUCGCAGAUGCGUGACACAGAUCAGGAACAACUCCAGAACGAGUACCAGAAAUUAGUACAGGGGCUACGCGAUGCUGAUGAGGCACGCCAAGAAGAUGCCUUUAUGGCAAACCCUGCCCUUCCCGAAGACUUGCUUAAAGAAGCCGUCCCAGGAAAUAUCAGGAGAGCAGAGCACUUUAUCGCUUUCUUGAAGAGAUUCAUCGAAUACCUCAAGACAAGGAUGAAGGUUCGACAAGUUAUCUCCGAGACGCCGCCUUCGUUCCUUGCUCACUUGAGAGAACACACCUUCAUCGAGAAGAAGCCACUGAGAUUCUGUGCGGAGCGAUUGACAUCACUUGUUCGGACCUUGGAACUUACCAACAUCGAGGAUUACCAACCUCUCCAAGAGGUUGCCACUUUCGCAACCUUGGUGGCUACCUACGAGAAGGGCUUCCUUCUCAUCCUUGAACCUUUUGAAUCAGAUACUGCUGAAGUCCCCAACCCGGUACUGCAUUUCACCUGUCUUGAUGCUGCCAUCGCUAUCAAGCCUGUGUUCGACAGGUUCUACUCCGUCAUUAUCACAUCCGGUACUAUUUCUCCGCUCGAGAUUUACCCCAAGAUGCUGGACUUCCAGACAGUGAUUCAAGAGUCGUACGCCAUGACAUUGGCCCGCAGAUCAUUCAUGCCCAUGAUUGUUACCAGAGGAAGCGACCAGGCUUCUGUAUCAACCAGUUUCCAAGUCCGAAAUGAACCUAGUGUGGUCAGAAACUAUGGUAACCUGCUUACUGAAUUUGCCAAGAUCACACCCGAUGGCAUGGUCGUCUUCUUCCCUUCGUAUCUGUACAUGGAAUCGAUCAUCAGCAUGUGGCAGGGAAUGGGCGUGCUCGAUGAGGUCUGGAAGUACAAACUCAUCCUGGUGGAAACACCUGAUGCCCAGGAAACUUCGCUUGCCCUAGAAACAUAUCGUACAGCGUGCUGCAAUGGCAGAGGUGCGGUGUUGCUUUGCGUCGCUCGAGGAAAGGUUUCUGAAGGAAUUGAUUUCGACCACCAGUACGGUCGUACUGUGUUGUGUAUCGGAGUGCCAUUCCAAUACACCGAGUCUCGUAUCCUCAAGGCGAGACUCCAGUUCCUGCGAGAAACAUAUCGCAUUAAGGAAAACGACUUCUUGUCCUUCGAUGCGAUGCGGCACGCUGCCCAGUGUCUUGGACGAGUUCUACGUGGAAAGGACGACUACGGAAUCAUGGUUCUCGCCGACCGUCGUUUCCAGAAGAAGCGUACACAACUGCCCAAAUGGAUCAACCAAGGCCUACAAGAAUCCGAUGUCAACCUGAGCACUGAUAUGGCGGUCAGUAGCGCAAGACGAUUCCUUCGGACCAUGGCGCAACCAUUCCGGGCUAAGGACCAGGAAGGUAUCAGCACAUGGGGCUACAAGGACUUGAUGGAACACAAGGAGAAGAUGGACUUGGAGAGGAUCAAGGAACUCGAAGAGGAGGCGCAGCGGCCACAGCCAGCUGCGCAAGAAAACAACUUUGAGUAUGAUGACGACGAGCUAGAUCAGGACAUGAUGGAGAUGGACGGCUUCUAG